CCAACCCGCAAUCAUGCCAUGAAGUUUCCCUUGCACAUUCCAUAAGACACCUGCACUACCAACACAACCACAAUGGACGACCUGGCCGGCCUGGACUGGUCGCAGCCCGCCAAAAAGCCAGCUAUAAACUCCCCCGCCGCCCUCCCACCUUUCCGCCAGAGCCCCACGCCCCAGCUCUCCGGCCGAUCGACUCCCCUCUCUACACUCUCCGCCCAACCCUCCGGCCUAGGUGCAAGCAUCGGCACCAGCCAGCCGUUCAAGGCGCCCUCGAAACCAGCCACCCCCGCCAACGAUAGCUUUGCGAGUCUCGUGUCCUCAAGCAAACCAAAGGAUUCAACCAGCAACCUCUCGCUGCAAGAGCGACAGAGGCAGAUACAGGAGGAAAAGGCAAGGUUAGAGGCAGAAAAGCGGAAGCAAUGGGAUAAUGCAUUUGGCACCGCCGACAACCAGCACUGGGAUACCUUGGCAAGUGGGAAGAGCACGCCAGAGCCUGCCACCAUUGCAGCUCCUCGAGUCUCAAACAACCCAUUUACGAAUUCACGUCUGUCACAGACUAUCAACAAACCAUUCGCAGGCCUGGAUACGAGCGUGAGACGUCCCGAGGUAUCCUCUCAUGAUGAGGCCGACCUACUAGCAGCCUUCAAUUCGGCCGCUCCCGUAGACCGCUCAAGCCACUUUCCCGUUCCUUCACAGGACAGCGGUCGCAGCACGCCUGCAUACGGCGCAAAUGUCUCCCGAGGUCAGACGCCGCUACCACAGCCCUCUACUAGUAACAAUGCGCUCAUGGACGACGACGACGACGACGAUAUGUUUGGGCUCAAGCAAAUGGCGCAAAAGUCGACUUCACCUGCACCUCCCCCUCCGGCAAACGAUGCGGAUGACGACAUACUAGGCCUGCUAGGCCCCCAGAACGCACACGACAAGGCUGUUGCUGAGCUGGUGGACAUGGGCUUUCCGGCUGAAAAGUCUGCUAUCGCAUUGGCUACCACCGAGUCUGGCCUAGACGUCCAGGCUGCAGUAGGCUGGUUGCUGAACCAGGCACAUGCUGAGGCAAAGCAAAAGACACAGACACAGAGCCGCGAUCGAUCGCGGCAUGAAAACGAAGACUUUGAAGACCGCCCGAGGCGAGCAAACAGCAGACCCAACGCACGAGACUCGUCAAGAGAACCUCGUGCAGGUGGAUCUCGCCCUGCUUGGAUGCAAGACGAUGGGGCACGGAGUCGAUCUACCUCGCGUAGGCAAGAUGGACACGGCCAGGAAAAGGACAUGACACAAAUGGCUUCAGAAAUUGGCAACAACCUGUUCAAGUCUGCAAAUUCUCUCUGGAAGACGGGCCGGAAGCAAGUACAAAAGGCCAUGGCUGACUUUCAACAAGACGGUGACCCCAACAUGCCAAAGUGGAUGCGGGACGCCCAAGCAGCCGAAGCCAACACCCGCUCAGGGAGACAGCAAUCCAGCAUGCAAACUGCUACAGACGAGGCAAUGAUGUUGGAAGCUGGCGGUCGACCCUCUAAAUCUUCUCGGACGAGCGAGAUGCGCCAGCAGGCUGAGCCGUUGCCAGUUCGACAACGGAGAGAGCAGGAAGCUAGUCGAAGCAGCCACCCUGAUCGCGUGUCAUCUCAAUCACCGUCUCAGCGGCAACAGCCUUCAGCUCUAGAUAAGCGACCAGCUAACAGAUUGACUCGUCAAGAGGUGGAAGAGCAAGGUCCUCAGGCAUAUGUUAGCCCGGCACGUCGGAAAAAGGCCGCACCUCAACCAGAACCGCAAGUAGACCUCUUCUCCGCGGAACCUGCAGCGCCAAAGCAGUCCUCACGGCAACCCGUAUCGCCUCAAUCCAAGAACCCCUUUCUUCAAGCAACCCCGAAUCCAACAAAGCCAAGCCCAGCACGCACGCCAACUCCACCCAGACCCAAAGCUCCUCCACGACAGAUCCCCCCGGUAUCAUCUUCUGCUCUCAGCUCAUCAUCAGCCGAUCGGCAGAAGGGGUCAGAAGCGUUCAAGCGUGGAGACUACUCAGCCGCACAUGCUGCCUAUUCUUCUGCGCUCAGCCCUCUUCCCCAGUCUCAUCCCGUAGCCAUUGUAGUACUCUGCAACCGCGCAAUUACCAAUAUCAAGGUCGGUGAUCCAAAAGCAGCGAUUGCAGAUGCAGACGCUGCCCUGGCAAUCAUUGGAGUAUCAAAAGGCGAGGGCGAAAAGAUUGCUACGGGCGGCGUAGAAGGAGAAAAGGACAUGAAGGAGUUUUACGGUAAAGCACUCAUGCGCAAGGCAGAAGCUCUUGAGAGCAUGGAGAAGUGGUCAGACGCGUAUACUGUAUGGAAAGAAGCCGUCCAAAGCGGUGUAGGCGGCGCCGUCGCAAUCUCAGGCCGUAACCGCUGUGAAAAGGCCGCGAGCGGUGGCAGCAACGCGCCUGCCGUAGCAGCAAAACGCCCGCCUCCAGCUCGCAAGCCAGCUGCCCCCAGACCAUCUGCCAUGGCUGAUCUCGGCGGCGGUCCUACAGCUGAUUCGGAAGCCGUAAAGCGCAUGAAAGCCGCUAAUGCUGCUGCAGAACGCGCAGAUGACGAGAAGUUUGCUCUAACAGAUCAAGUUGACGCCAAGCUCAUCGCAUGGAAAGGCACAAAGGCGGAUAACCUACGUGCUUUACUGGGUAGUCUGGAUAAGGUGCUCUGGGAGGAUGCAGGAUGGAAGAAGGUCAACAUGGGUGAUUUGGUUAUGCCUAACAAGGUCAAGAUUAUCUACAUGAAGGCUAUUGCCAAGGUGCACCCUGACAAGAUUUCUCAAGACGCGACUACAGAGCAGAAGAUGAUUAGUGCGGCGGUCUUUGCUACCCUGAAUGAGGCUUGGGAUAAGUUCAAGGCGGAUAACAAUCUGUAAUUUGAGGCUGUUGUAUACAGGCUUUCUCUCUUGGUUACACGAUUGGUUCCAUGUGGAUGAUGCUUUGUCAAAGCAGAGUGAAGGACUAGAAGACCUUAGUAUCUUUGCCUAUCUAUAUACUCCAUGUCCUCACCUUGUUGAGU